AGAGAAGCAAAGCGGGUCGUGGGGUCGUGCAGGUGCGAGGAGGACGAGACUAAAGGCAGCGGAUUGAACGAAGCGGCAAGUAAAGCGGCGAGUUAAGUGAAGUGAAGUGAAGUGAGUAACCGUCAUUUGGUUUCCUGCAGAGUGCCCGAUGCGCCGCGACGCUCGCGAGACCUGGAGAACCCGUCGGAUUAGAGCGCGAGGAACCUCGGCCGAGGGUAGAUCCGGCCUGAACCAUCGAGCACGUGCGUUCUGACAGAUAACCACGUGUUAAAUAAUAGGCGAAUAGAUAAUUCGUAAAAAUCAACAAAGAAUCCACGUGUCCCCGAACGAUACGGUAAAACUAAAAGAAACACUGAAACCGUACAGCCGUACACACAAGUGCGUCCAUACACGAGCGUCUGGCGGUGUAUUAAAAAAAAAAAAACAAAAAAGUUGAUAAUUUCGAAAAUAAAAAAAAAAUGUCAAACUCAACCGUGAUAAAAGGAAAGAAGAGAAGAGAUAUUUUUGAAAAUCCUCCGUGAUUCGUAAGAGUCCAUAAAGCACGUAAUCGUCAAGUCUGGAACAGCGAGAGUCACGAGUGCCAGAGGGUGACCAAGGGGUGUGCGGGUGAGGUCGUUAUAGAAGGGUAGGGUUGAGAAGAAAAAAAAGGUCGUAGGACAUCAGGAGUCAGGAGAGUGGCAAAACCCGGACACGGAGACAGCGGCAGAUCAUUGGUGGACAGGAGUCUGGCGCUGAGUAGUGGGGUCGGGCUCUUACUCGGUUCAGGUGGGGAAGGGCCUGAAGAAGACGAGGCUGCCGGAGGGAGCUGGUGUUCGCGUUGUUGCUGGUGCUGUUGAUCGUUGUGGUGGUGCUGGUGGUGGUGGUGCUGGUGCUAGUGGAAGGGAUCAGCGCUUACGUGGAGGAGGAAGAAGAAGAAGAAGGAGGAAAAGGUGUAGGUGGCUCUGGAGGAGGUUCGGCAGGAGGAGGUUCAGGAGGAGGCUCAGGAGGACGAGCCAAAGAAGGUGGAAGAGGCCGGAGGACAGAAGUCUCUGUCGGAGAACGGAUUCAUCGGGUCAGGAUCAAGGACGGGUUGGCCGCCGAGUUUGGAAAAUAGAUACAGGAGGUUCCGCUAGCCGUAGAUCCAAGGGACAGAGAAGAGCCAGCUCGAGGUAGAUCCGACCUGGGAUAUAGGGAUAAAAUCGCAUCUGGACCCAAAUCGUCCUCCUCCGUUGUCUACCUGGAAGAUUUAAUAUCGAGGAUCCUAGACGUCCGUGUGUCCUGUGAUAUAUUUCAAUUGACUGUAUCAAUUAAUUGUGUUAUCGUAUUUAAGCACCAAAAAAUUGCCACGGACAGGAUUACAAGUGAUUGGCUAUACUGUUGUUCGGCCGGGUACGACUACCGUCGCUGCCUUGAAAAUUCUUGUCGCUCGUUCGAAACAGUGAGAAAGGAUAGUUCAGUUGGGCCGCAUGGCUCCCGGCAUUCGGACCGAAGUUAUUAGUGUUUUGUUUUUCAAUUUUAUCAGCGGAGAUCAGCGAUGAGAUCCAAGCCGGUCGCCAGGAGACUUGCACAGGGAAGCAGCGACGAGGGCGAGGCGGCCGGGGGUGCCGGGGGUGGUGGUCCGCCCGAGGGGGGAGAGAUGGACGAAAAUUCGACUCGGGCUUGCAGCGACAAUCCCAUUUACAGAGAUUUGAAACCCUUGCACGCGACAAGUGCUCACGACGUUCCGCAGGAAUAUCCGCAGGCCAGGCCAGCCUAUCAGAGGCGAGAAUAUUCCCCGGCGAUGGAAAGGACGGCGACCUACAAGAAGGAGCAGCCGGCGACCCCUACGGAGGAGGACAGGAAACCGUGGGAUUUCAGUGAGAAAUUGGAGCAGAAGGAUUUCGGUCAGUCAGCCGAUAUCUAUAGGGGUGAAUAUCAGAAAACGAUAAAGCAGGAACCCAGGGACUCGAAGGAACAAUUGGGCAGAGAUUGGGUGUCGCCGGUACCGGAAGUCGAGGUCGGCGGUUCAGCGCCAGGAGGUCCUCAAGUGCGGGCACGAAAGGAUAUUCCACGCGGAGCACGAUUUGGACCGUUUUUAGGAAAAUGGGCUGACGAACCGUUCAACCCCCGUUACGCGUGGGAGGUAUGCGCCGGAAAUGGCGUUAGGGGUUGGUUGGACGCAUCGCAUGAAGCGACAAAUUGGCUCAAGUACGUUCGCAGCACCGCCAGUCCACAUGCUGUUAAUAUGCGACACGUUCUCAUUGGCGGACAGAUGGUCUACGAAGCGAUACGCGACAUCGCCAGCAGUGAGGAAUUGCUUUUAGGUUUGAGGGAACCUCUUCAGCUUAAGGAUAUGCUCGGUGAAAACACGACGGAGGAUAGAAGCGACAGAGAAACCGCUUCCCAGCACAGUGGCACCGUAGACGAGGAUCGCGAGGAGGAGGAAGAGGGUGAAAUCAGGUGUACCGUCUGUGACAAACCCUUCCUGGACAUAGAGCUACUCGACGGUCAUCUGGUGACGUGUCAUCGAUAUCCGGCCGAGCAGCAUCUUUGCGAGAGCUGCCCGAGGGGAUACGCCUGGCGGCCAUUGCUGGUACGUCAUCGGGCGAUAGUUCACGGGGAUCUGCGAAAGUAUCCGUGCGAGAAUUGUCCGAAGUCAAUUUUGUCAACACAGGUCUUCACGGACCCGUCGAAUCUUCAGCGGCACAUAAGGACGAACCACGUGGGGGCCAGGAGCCACGCCUGCACCGAGUGCGGCAAGACGUUCGCUACCAGUUCCGGUUUGAAGCAGCACACGCAUAUACACAGUAGCGUCAAGCCGUUUCAGUGCGAAGUAUGCUCUAAGGCGUAUACGCAAUUCUCGAAUCUAUGCAGGCACAAGCGCAUGCACGCGACCUGCCGUCUGCAGAUUGAGUGCGUCAAAUGUCGGCAGUCCUUUAACACGGUAACCUCCUUGGCGAAGCACAAAAGAUUCUGCGACUCGACCGCACCCACCGGACCACCCGGUACCAUGACCCAGCUGCCGAGCUCAGCGCCAAAUCCGUUUCUGGUCUAUCCGCGACCACCGGUCACGCUACCAGGCGCACUUCCGUUUUACCCGCCGAGUCUCAUGGGUCCCUAUCCCGGGAUCUUUCCGAACGCACCGAACUUCCUGAACUCGUCGCUGCUGUUUCCGCCCAAGGUCGAGCAGGCUGACAAGAGAUACGACAGUCCCAAGAAGGAACGGUUCACGCCGCCCAGGAUACUGCCGCAGCAUAGCAAGGUGUCGCCCAGCACGGGGGAGGAAGCCACGUCGAACUUCCGGCCGUCGCCGGCCAGACCGCCUGUACAACCCACGCCGGAGAGCGACGAGGAUCUCGUAAAGAGGAAGGAGACGAGUAAGCCGAUGGACAAGAGGAUGGAGACGGAGGCGUCGGAGGAGUCGACGGAUCAGCCUCUGGAUCUGAGGGUGCAGACGAAACGGAGGGAUCAGCCGGAAGGUGUGUCGGAGAGCGCGGCGUCUUCGCCGGCCCCGGUGGUCGAGGAAGCGCCGCCACCUCCGGAACGAGCAAAACCGGAAGAGGAGGAGAUGGAGGUGGAGGUGAAGGAGGUGGUCCCUAGCUCACCCGUAAGAAGCGUGGCUGAUCAUCAGCCUACGAACACUCCACCUCACAUGGCCUAUCCACGACCCAUACACCCCAUGUUCCUAGAAGCAAUGUACCGAUCGCCUGCCGGAAGCUUCCCGGGUUUCCACGGCGGUCCACCGCCUCCAGGCGGGGGUCCGGAGUCUCGUCUUCUGCCGCCGUUACCACCCUUCGGACCGCCACGUGGACUUCCUUUUUUAGGGACGCUCAUGAACGGGCUGAGCGGCACUAGACCAGGCUUCGACCUCCUGGCCAGGCCGCCGCUCAGCGCGUUCCCUGGGGUCAAGCCCUUCCAGGACGUCAUCUCCCAUCAUCAUCAUCAUCACCAUCACGCACACGGGAAGAUGAAGGACCGCUACUCGUGCAAGUUCUGCGGCAAGGUCUUUCCACGUUCGGCCAACCUGACCCGCCACCUCAGGACGCACACCGGCGAGCAACCUUACAAGUGCAAGUACUGCGAGAGGUCCUUCAGCAUCUCCUCCAACCUUCAGCGUCACGUCAGGAACAUCCACGACAAGCAGCGUCCCUUCAAGUGUCCCCUGUGCGAGCGCUGCUUCGGCCAGCAGACCAAUCUCGACCGUCACCUCAAGAAGCACGAGGCCGACGACGGAAGUGGCGUCGUUUCCGUAGCCGAUUCGCCAGGUAGCAGUAACGAGAACGAGCGCGAGGAUACCUACUUCGAUGAGAUCAGAUCCUUCAUGGGGAAGGUCACCUACGGUGGUGAAGGUUAUGGGUUACCGCAUCCUGCCUACCUGCCGGGUAGACUUCACGAUCUUCACGAGGCCAAGACGGUCGGCGAAUACGACGAGGACGAGGAUAGCGAGGAGGGUGUCUCCCCCAUAGAGGAAGCCGACGGUAUGUCUCCGAUGGAGAACAAGGAAUCCCCACCACCUCAGUACGAGCUCAAACUGAGGGACAAGCAGGAGUUGCUCAACAAUAACACGGCUGAGCCCGUUAUAGAGAUUUCCACAUAGCCCAGUCGUACCCGUCGACGUUCUAAUGGGGAAUCCUCAACGGUUUCCAAGACCGACCGGUAAUUAGUCUAUUUCGCGCGAUCGUCUGCCGAUCAGUUAUUAUUAUUAUUUACUUUCUCUCGGAGCCUCGAUCACUGCGUAGGUUCGAUUUCUAUUGGCCGCCUUUGUAUCUUGUCGCUCCUAACCAAGGACCAUUCUACCCAUUCACUUUACUUUACCGUAUGUCUUGCUGUCCCGCAUUGGAUACACGUAGGAACGAUCGAUCGGGUGGAAAUUAAUAAAUCGAGGUAUCGAUUCUACGGGACGACGAGAUCUUACGAAAACGUAUCGCCAGACUCUUAUUAUUAAUACUAGCUAGUUCCUAACGGACUCUGUCACGAUGGAGACUGGAUGACGUUAAUUGUAGUAAAAAUAAUUAAAAUCGCGUAAACGAUGUCGAAGACGCAAAAGCAGACGUUGACGUAACGGAGACUCUCAUUGGUAAACAGAAAUCAAAUGUUCCCCCUUCCUCAGUAUUGUUCCAAAAAACACCACCACCCCCCCUCCGUCUCCCCAUUCGGAGAGUUUCUCGUAGUAUUAUUUAUUAUUAAUUAUUAAUUUGGUAUUAAUUAUAGACACUCGUCAUCGAACGGACUUGAGACAAAGAGCAGUGAUAAGAACGAAUGACGAAUCGAGCCCUAUUUGAAUUUUUAAAGUUGACCUUUUUUUUUUUGGUUUUUCAUUUUUUUCAUUAAUUUAUCAGAGCUCGCGAUGCAAUCGUCAAGCUGACAUUUUUUAACGAGACGAAACUUUUUUUCGUUUAAAUUUCGCGCCAGGCUAAAGCGACCACGCGAUUUAUGAAUAUUCUCCGUGGAGGGUCGAUUUCUUAUUUUUGAAAAUUCCCGCCCGAGGAUAAUUCGUUCGACGUACGAAAUGAAAAAAAAAAAAAAUGUAAUUACAGAGAGAUUCUACGAUA